AUGGCGGCCCAAGGCGAGCACGUCGCCUCCGUUCAAGGAGAAACAGCUCCUGCUGUAGAGCUCAACGAUGCUUCCGCCACUGCACAGAACGGUGCUACUGAAGCGCCGCAAGCACAAGAUUUGGCAUCGACCGAUGUUGGGACGUCAGAGUCAGAAGCACCGAUCGUAGCGCCGUUAGAUAGCUCGAGCAUCCAAUUGGGCGUCGACUCUUCCACAGCAUCUGCUGCUGUACGGGGGCCACCAUUGAGCGUCGACGCGGAAAUGACGGCGGUCGCCCCCCAUCUUUCUCAACAUACAUUUGCGACUGCGGGCCUUUCCGAUAUACCCGACGAAGUCCUCACACUAGAAGCCGAUCAAUUUCCAGUGACAACGGUGCCAAUAGAUCAGUCCUGUACACCACCAGCAGACGCCAACAUGGACACCGAUCGUGCUGUCGACGAUUAUCGCGCCGCCAUCAACACGCCUCUUCCGUCGAUGCUGAAUAGCAACGCUAUCCCACUCGAGGAGGACGCGUCCGGCGAUCUUUCCGCAUCAUCCAACGAAGCGCUCACGCUGACAUCCACCGUCUCUCGAGGUAAUUAUCAUCAGUGCGGCUCUGCACGUCGUGUCAAGGUGUACGAGCUUAAAGGCGAAACCUGGUUCGACAGAGGUACAGGCUAUUGCGCUGGUGUCUACGACGAGACCGUCGACGAAGCGCUUUUGGUGGCACGCAGAGAAGAAAAGUGCCAAUUCCUAGAAGGGAUCGAUGUUCCAGCGGAAGCGGAUGCCAAUGAAAACGAGCCGCUACUGGGCGCUGCCGUGGGCGAAGACGCAGCAGCGGCCGCCGCGCAAAAGGCACAAGCGAUGCAGCCACAGUCGUGUCAGUUUGUCGUGGUCGUCAGCGAGAACCUCGAGUCCGAAGACAUCCUUCUCGCCAGCAAGGUGGUAAGGGAGGAGGUCUAUCAGCGUCAACAGGAUACGCUUGUCGUCUGGACCGAGCCCACUGGCGUCGACAUGGCGCUCAGUUUUCAGGAGGCAGAAGGCUGUAACGAAGUUUGGGAGUUUCUCACCGAAGUUCAGAAGCAUUUCAUGGGUCUCGCCGAGGAGGCGCUCACCGACUCUCCACCAACAACGCCCAAUCCGCACUCGCCCACCGGUGUGCUAGGCAUGUCGGCCUCGGGCUCGGGUCUCGAACCGCUUCUCAACCUCAUGGGCGACUACAAAGGGCUGCCCGAACCCAGUCUCGCCAACCUAGACAAGAUCGACGCCAUGCUCAAGGAGACGACUGCGCGUGGACCCAUGAUGCGCGAAAAACUCACCACUUGGCUUAUGGAGGCGCAUUACAUCCGCAAGCUCGUGCCCUUUUUCCACACGGUCGAGGAGCUCGAGGCGCUUCCUUCGCUACACCUGCUUUGCACCAUCAUGCAGACCAUCCUCUUGCUCAAUGACAGCUUUCUUUUCGAGUACAUUUUGCAAGACGACGUCUUCCUCGGUGUAGUAGGAAUGCUCGAAUACGAUCCCGAGUUUCCGCGAUUGAAGGCCAAUUAUCGGGACCAUCUGACGCAGCGCGCACGCUUCAAGCAGGUCAUCGAUAUCGGCGACCCAAUGAUCGUCUCCAAGAUCCAUCAGACAUACCGUCUCCUUUACCUUCGCGAUGUCAUUCUUGCCCGCGUCGUAGAUGAUCCUACCGUCUCGAUCCUUAACUCGUUCAUCUUCUUCCACCAGAACGACAUUGUCAACUACUGCUGCCAGAACGACCUGUUUCUUGGCGAGCUCUUUCGAGUGCUCACCAGCCCCUCGGAACCGAAAGAGAGGCGAUGCGAGGGUGUACUCUUCCUGCAACAGCUCUGUGCUAUGGGAAAGCUUAUCCAGCUUCCUGUGCGCAUUUCUCUCUAUCGUACGCUCACCGAUUGGGGCCUUCUCAACGUGCUACAGCUUGCACUCGACCGCUUCGGGCAGGCUGCGCGAAAUGCGGCAGCCGAGAUCCUCAUGACCAUCAUCGAGUACGACGCAAACAGCGUACGCGCGCAUGUCAUUUCACAAGUGGAGCAGAAUGGACGACCCCUGGUAAGCAUGAUGAUCGACAUGCUGCAAAAUGAGACUGAUCCUGGUCUUAGGACGCAGAUUGCCGAGGCGAUGCGCAUCAUCUUUGAUGUUGCCUCGGAUGGCGGCCCCAUGGCGACACAAGCACAAGUUCUCUCGGUGCAAGGGCUCAACAAGGCCAAAGCGGAUCCAGACCGUUUCUUGACUUGGAUCUAUGAGGCCGAGAUCGGCCGGCUCUGUUCACCAUUCAACACACUUCCCGACUUUCGCGUGCUCUCCAAGGGCGAAAAGCUGCCGUCGCAAGCGCGCCAUCGUUCGGCGCUGUACGGCCAUCUCUGUGACUUGCUCUGUCACAUGAUCGCGCAUCACUCCUUCCGAAGCCAGUACUUUGUGCUCACGUCCGAGAUCGCCAAAAAGAUCGGAUCGCUGCUGCAUUCACGUGAAAAGUUCCUCCGCCUUUCAGCGCUGCGAUUCUUCAAGUACUGCCUGGCAAGCAACAAUCAGUUUACAAAUCGCCACUUUAUCAAAAUCGAGCUCUUCUCCACCAUCCUUGGGCUCAUCGAAGCAGAAGGCGACCGUAACAACUUGGUGGCCUCGGCCUGCCUCGACUUUUUCGAGCAUAUGAGGAGAGAGAACAUCAAGACGCUCAUCAGCCAUUGCAUGGAACGACAUGGUGCCCGCAUGCGCCGCUUGGCAGAACUGCCCCAGACUGCUCCUUGCUUCUCGUUGCUGGUCAGUCAAUGGGAGAAAAACCAGGAGCCGCUUCCACAACCCGAGUCGAGCGAGCUGGCGCCGCUGUCUGGUGAUGCUGAGGACAAGUCACGGCAGCAGGUGGAAGCUGGACGCGGUCAGGCCAGUAUGGCAACCGCGAACACGGAGGAGGAGAGCUAUUUCCAAGGGGAUGAUGAUGACAAGAAUGCCGAGGAGCGUGGCACGGGCAGUGCGAUCGGCCUUGUUCCUUACGAAGACGACAAGGACAACGAGGAUGUCGGUGGAGAAAUGUCGAACGCCAAAAUCGGCAGGAGGAAAGCAAGUGGUACAGGGUCGUCGCCUGGCUCGUCUCCAUCCAGGUUGGCUGAGAAGCGACGGAGGCCAGAGGAUGACGAUGAAGCAGACGACCAGCUGUCACGCCUGUCAAAGCGAAAGCCCAGCCGUACGUCUAAGAGCAAGGGCAAGAGUACGAUUCAGACACGCUCGCCGCCUGACGAUGAUAAUUCAGUUUCCAACACGCAGGCCCCUGGCGGAUUCAUACGCACCAUGGCCAAUACGAUCAGCAACACGUUUGGAAGCGGCGAAAAGCGCGAUGGCUCUCAGUCGCCCUCUCCCAAACGAGCCAAGGCGUCUCGUUCAGAAGACACUCCAUCCUCGCCGAAGCAGAAGCAAGAGCAAGAGCAAGAGGCCGACAGCACCUCACCAAGAUCGUCUGCAUCCUCCUCUGUCGCUGGCAAAGAUGCCAGCAAGAACGGUGCCGGAAGUAGUGGACUCGGCAUCAAGAGGAUUUCAUUGGGUCUCACAGGCUCCUCGAAAAAGAUGGCAGCACAGUCCAAUGUUCGCUCGACAGAUAAGUUGGAAGCCGAAGAUUCCUGA